AUGCCUCGCUCAAUGUUCUGGGCGUUCCUCGGCCUACUGCUCCAUAUGCAAAUUGCUGACGGGAUCUCGGCAAAAUAUCAGCAGGAGAGUAGCUCAUCGGAAGAAGAAGACAGUAACUGGCAGUGUGGGACGGAUUUUAUUACAAAGGCGAUGAGCGAGGGGCAGGUGGAGACGGAUUGUCCCACGCUUAAAGUCCCAAUCAACAAUUGCUGCCUGGCCCACGAUAACUGCUACGAUCAGCAACUUGGGCGGAAGUACUGUGACGACAUUUUCUGCCAUUGUCUAUUGGUGGCCACUGAACCUGCCGAGAUCUGUUUUAAAGAGGACGCGCCGCUGUUCUGCAGUCUGGUCCGACAAUUCGGGGAGGCGGCUUAUAACCGGCACAACCUGUUCGCCCUGUUCAGCCCAUUCACCUUGUUCACCCGGCCGGACCCAGGACUCGCUCUCAAAGGUUCACCCCAGCCAAUUAGCCAAGGCUCGACGCUCAACAGCUCCAUUCUACCGGACUGGUGGCAAUGCGGAAGCAACGACGCCAACAGGCUAGCCGCUUACGAGUCCAUCGACGGCGCCUGUUCGGUGCUGGCUGAGGUUGUCAACAACUGCUGCCUCGCCCACGAUCAUUGCUAUUCGAGACAGUUAGGGCAGGAAUAUUGCGACGAUAUGUUUUGUGACUGUCAUUUGAUUGCCACAAAAGGCUGGUUUAUUUGUCAUACAGUAGUCGUCCCGGGCUUCUGCUCCCUGGUCCGGAAUUUUGGCGAUGCCGCGUACAAAGCAUCAGCUACUCCCGGGCCAAAGGCACUACUGCCACCCGGAGAUGCGCAACAUCAAGGAGACUCCACUCAUUCC